AUGAGGGCCUCUGCUGCACGACAUCUCUGCCUUGCCGUGGACUAUUUUGGGGGUUUUCUCCUUCGGCUUGCCGCUGCCGCAGGUGCUGCAGUGUAUGGAUCGGCUGCGGCAAUCGUGCGGGAGCGCGAGCGCCUCCUGGCGCAGCCCCGCAGGUCGCGAGACCGCGCAGCUGCUGCUGCACAGGAAGCAGCAGCAGGAGCAGCAGCAGGAGCAGCAGCAGCAGCAGGAGGAGGAGCAGCAGCAGCAGCAGCAGGAGCAGCAGCAGGAGCGGCGGGGACAGGAGUGCAGAUGACUCGUAUAUCACCAGACGCAGCAGCAGAAAACAGGGAGAGGUCCGAAGUGCCGCAGCAGCAGCAGCAGCAACAGCAGCAACAGCAGCAGCAGCAGCAGCAGCAACAGCAGCAGCAGCAGCAGCAAGAGCAAACAGCAGCACCGCGUCAGUUCACGCGUGCUGCUCUUCAUGCUGCUUCACCUCCUGCUUCUCCAGCAGCAGCAGCAGCAGCAGCAGCAGCAGCAGCAACCCCAUCAGCAUCCCCCGACGGAUCGAUCCGCCCGAAUAUGCAGCAACAGCAGCAGCAACAGCAGCAGCAACAGCAGCAGCAGCAGCAGGAGCAGCAGGAGGAGGAGUCUCCGGUGCCGUCACCACCGCCGUCGCCGCAGCUGCAGCUGAAACACCCAGGUAUACGAGUGACGCAGAAGCCCGCGAGUGCAGCAGCAGACAGCGAGGAUUCUGGUGGUUCUGCUGCUGCUGCUGCUGCUACUGCUGCUGUCUUGGAGGACAUAGAGGAGAGAGCAAAAGCAGCAGCAGCAGCAGCAGCAGAAGCAGCAGCAGCAGCAGCUGAAAAGAAAGGCUCCAGUGCUGCAGCAGCAGCAUAUGCUGCUGCAGCAAGUGCUGCUGCAGCAAGUGCUGCAGCAGUUGCUGCUGCUGCGCUGCACAUAUGUGUUGGAUAG